GGUACAACAAUGUCUCUGUUUCAACGUGCGAGACAGCGUCAAUGGCAGCAAUGCUUCUUCGUGGAUAAGCCAUCGUCCCUAUGCAGCUGGUUGCGCGUGUUCCAGCGGCUUUGUUUUAUUGGCCCUUGAUUCAACUAGCAGGUGCAGCAACUGACAACAUUGCACUUGGUGUCGCAGUUGGAAGCAAAGGAAGAGGGAAUAUCCCAGGGGCAACCUCUGAUAUUCGAGCCACCCUGCUAUUACUUCUGAUCGGUAAAUGCACGGCAGAUACAGUUGCUUUUCAAGAAGUUGGUGGAGAGGAGUUCUUCAGGGAACUCCUGGAUGAUACUGACUCAAGGGUGGCUUAUUACUCUUCAGCAUUUCUCCUAAAGAGGAUGAUGACGGAGGGUUGGGGGAUCUUCUGA